AUGGAGUGGAACGAGACCGCACUCGGAGAAGGCGAUGUCACCGGUGGAGCGGUCGGGGACGAGGCCGCAGUCGGAGUAGAUGAUGCCGCCGGUGGAAUGGUCGAGAACGAGACUGGACGACGCGAGAAAGCGAUGGAGGGAGAGGGAGGGAGGGAGUCAGAUCUGGAGGAAGAAGGAAAGGAGGGAGAGCGAGGGAGCGAGGGUGGGAGUCGGAUCUGGAAGAGGGAGGGAGGGAGUCUCUGGAGGAAGAAGGAAAGGAGGGAGAGCGAGGGAGCGAGAGUGGGAGUCGGAUCUGGAAGAGGGAGGGAGUCUCUGGAGGAAGAAGGAAAGGAGGGAGAGCGAGGGAGCGAGAGUGGUUAA